AUGCCAUCCUUACGAAGGCUACUGCGGUAGUACGCAUGUUUGGUUUUGAGCUUCGUCAGGGCGCAAGUACGUGGCCGUCCAUCGGUCAUUUGGAUCUCCGGGGUAUCUCCGGUAGUGGUAUCUUUGGCAAGUUGUCACGCGUUCCGUGCUGUCAUGUGUUCCGAGUUCCGAAAGUGUCUUGCGACUGUUGCUCGCGUGCCUCGGUGUUUGUGAUGCACUCUGGUGCCCAUUCUCUUCCGUUGCCUGUGUCUACGAGGACGACCAAGAAACGACUUAACCACCUCUUCACAUUGUCAACCGGGACAGCCGUGCUUAUCCAGCAGCACUCGGCUUGGGGCCAAUCAACACCCGCCCAUACCGAUAUGGAUCGUGCGGCGCUCGAGGAGAGGGUGCGCACCUUGCGAGGAAAGGGGGGGCUCGACCACGCGGGCGUGCGGGCGAAGGCCCGGGCUCGAUUGGCGGCAGCUAAACGGCGAGACAGGGCCUCAGAGAUCGAGGAAAAGCAUCGAGAGUGGGCCGAGCUGUACCUGUCACACGCCAAGGACGAGCUCAGCCGGUUGCAGCGGGGAGUGAAGGAAGAUGAGCAAGAGGCUGGAGGUGAAUUGCCAGACGAUUACAUAAUAAACGGCGAGAUCAACCCUAUCGAGUUGGUGUGGGGGCGAUCCAAGUACAUGGUGCGAAAGCUCUGCGACUAUAAGACAAAGACCAUGCUGAAGAGCAUUCCGUUGAGCUACGCGUGGAUGGAUGUAGCUCUAAUCGAGAAGUACGUCCGCAAAGUCGACGUAUGCCACACGGUGUACGCCGACAGGCGUAAGUACCUGGGCAGGGCAGCGGAGGAGCACUACGACGCCCUCAAAAAGCUGCGAGGGAAGUUUUUGCCCCUCGAGGGAAGCCACAUUGUGAUGAGCUCUGCUGGAGACGAAGAGCGCACUGCUGCGAGCGGAGAACAGAUCCGCUCGCCGGUGGAGGAGGGCCACGAUGCAGAGCUUGCAAGUUUGCAACGGCAGAUUUCGCAAUUGGCGGCCCUGGUGGAGGAGUCGGUGAAGAAGGAGCCUGGCAGCGUCGUGGCAGAUGCAGCCAGUAGUGGUGGCUGGGUUGCCGCCACCGAAGGCCAACAAGCGCCUCCGCUGCCGCUCGGCGGUGGCGAGGGAUUUCUCCAGCAGCAAGCGAGAGAUAGUGGGCAAGGACCACGGCAGCUGCUGGAAGGCGGCUGGGCCAGCAGAUCGGGAGCGAACCCUGUUCGACCAGCCGGAGUGGGCCCGGGCAUAGGACCGGACUACGGGGAAGCAAAGGGGUUAAACCCCCCAGGUGAGAUACCCGUGAUUCGAGGAAAUGGAGAAUUCCUCGAUGGCUACAGCAGUAGCCACAGGAAAAGAGUAACAGUCAAUGCCCCGCGUCUCGAAGGGGAGAGUUGCGGCCAUGGGUAUGACUCGUGGAGAAAGUCGCUUAUCCAAGCGGCCAAGACUGUAGGACUGGACGACCAAUUGAUCGGCAACAACGGGGAACAUGCACCUGUCGGCAACCCAAACGUGCCAAGCUCGGAGCUGUACCGCCUCCAAUACACCAGCGACGAGGUCCAGAGGGGCCUCCAAGCGUUCCAUUUUGUGACCACUGCCAUCGUCAGCGAAGCCGACAAGGCGAUCAUGAACAAAUGCGAGACCGCAACAGAGAUCCUCGCGGAACUCGACAAAAUCUACGACCCGGAAUCGCAGGGCUCGAAACAAGCCCUCAUGACGCAAAUGAUCAACUUCACGAUCCCCACACACAGCAACAGCAACCCCAUCGAGCACGUCUACUCACUCGAGCUGCUGUAUGCCCGCCUACGCAAAAUGGGGCUCAAUGCUGAACAACCCUUCGUUCUCGCCCACUUCGUUGGUUCCCUCCCACCCGAGUACCAACAAGCGAAGUUCCUGUUGGAGACAGCAACGGCGCUGGAUAGGGCCGAGAUCGUCAGGAUCGUGAGCACGGUGCACGCGAGCCUCCCGGAGGGAAGGAAGGCCUCGAAGGGCCAGCGNGGAUAG